GGAGACGAGACGGAGACUGGACAGUUUCACACUGCAGCUGCUGGAUGGAAGAUGAAUUUUCUGGUUAAUUUCAUGUGUUCCAAACAAAAAGAUGAUCUGCAGCUUCAGACUGAAUCAAACCACCAUUACAUAACAGAAACACGCGUGCUCGUCCAUUUCACUCCAUGUAUUAUGCAUGAUAAGUGUUCUGUGUGACAGCCUCUCAGGGUGCAGAGAGACAGACAGCACACCAUGUAAACCUCCACCUGCAUGUCUCUCUCUCCGGGCAGCCGACUGAUGUGAGAGGGAAACAUUAACGGCGGGAGGAGGGAGGAGACGGAGUGAGGCGGCGAGAGCGGCCGAAGGAGAUGAGAGUAUUUAUAGGUGGAGAGAUGAGGAGAUAGAAGGACGGCGAGGAGGAGAGAGACGACAGGGAGGCUGAGACACAGAGAGGCACACCAGACACAAUAAGGAGAAAAGGGAGACAAAGAGGACAGCGAGCAAGAGACCAUGCUGAGGAGGAAGAGGAGCGUCUCAUUCGGAGGCUUUGGAUGGAUUGAUAAGUCUACAGUCAGCGCUCUGAGAGCUCGCAAACAGGAGCUGCUGACCACCUCCACCAUCAGUGACCACCCCCCAUCUCCACCUCGCACCGCACCCCCCACCAUGAAGUCGGCUCAUUUCUUUGACACGAUGGACAAGAUGGAGCAGGUGCCAGAAGCUGCUGAGAUGAAGACAGUCCCUCAGAGACAGAAGGACGACUACAUCCCUUAUCCAAGGAUCGAGGAGGUGUUGGAGAGGGGGGGGCCGUACCCUCAGGUCAUCCUGCCUGAGUUUGGAGGUUACUGGAUUGAGGAUCCUGAGGCACCUCCUCCUCUCACCUCCCUGGAGAUCAAGAGGGAGGAGGAGGAGGAGAAGAGAGGACCAGGAGAGGAAGAAGACCGACCUGCAGGGGAUUAUGGGUAUCGGCUGGAAGAGAUCAGUGAGGCUGCACGAGCGUACAGGAAGCACUUCCUGGGCAGGGAACAUUUAAACUUCUCCUGCUCGUCCAGCAGUGUGGGACGUCUGCUGCUGUCUGUCAGACAUGAAGAAGUGAAGGAGCAGGAGAGACUCCAUGUUAUCAUUCGGUCUCGGGUGAAAAGUGUCUACCAAAGACUGACGCUGACUGGGCUGCCGGACAUCCCGAGUGUGCCAGAGCUUGCCAAGCUGCUGUGUGAGGAGGCAGCAGGUUUGUGUUUCAGUCCUGUCGUCUACCCAAAGGCGUCUCAGCUGAUCGUAAACUACGACGAGCACGAGGUCAACAACACCUUUAAGUUUGGAGUCAUUCACCAGAGAUUUGGACAGGUGUCUGAGGAGGAGCUGUUCAGGAACAACGAGGAGACGCCGGCCUUCACAGAGUUCCUGCAGCUGCUGGGAGACACAGUGGAGCUGAAGGACUUCAAGGGGUUUCGGGGAGGUCUGGAUGUGUCCCACGGACAGACAGGUUUUCAGUCCGUCUACACUGUCCACCGAGAGCAGGAGAUCAUGUUCCACGUCUCCACCAAACUGCCCUUCACUGAGGGAGACGCCCAGCAGCUACAAAGGAAACGUCACAUAGGAAAUGACAUCGUGGCGGUGGUGUUCCAGGAAGAGGCCACGCCCUUUGUCCCAGACAUGAUCGCCUCCAACUUCCUGCACGCCUUCAUCCUGGUGCAGGUGGAAGAGCCCUGCUCAGACCGCACCUCCUACAAGGUGUCCAUCACGGCACGGGAAGACGUUCCUCCGUUUGGACCGCCCCUCCCAAACCCACCUGUUUUUCAGAAGGGUCCAGAGUUCAAAGAGUUUCUUCUCACGAAACUCAUUAAUGCAGAGCUGGCCUGCUACAAGAGUGACCGCUUUGCCCGGCUGGAGGAGCGUACCCGGUCCGCCCUGCUCGACAGCCUCCACGAUGAGCUGCAGAGACGCUCCCAGAGCAUGCUGGGAUUGACAUCAGGUACAGAGGAGGAGGGACGAGCUGAGAACGGACACGCUCAUGGAGGUCUGCUGGAGUCCAUCAAAAGGGCGAUGCGAGGGCGGAGCAUCUCCAUGGAGACCAUGUCGAGGGGCGGGGCCGGCCUGCCCACCAGUCUGAGUGGGGGGGGUCUGGCUCACAUCAGUGCUGAGUGUAACAUCAAAUCGCCUGUGAAGAGGCGGUCAGGACUUUUUCCUCGUCUGCUCAGCGUUGACAGCCAAACAGAGAGACACAACCAGAGAAGUCUUGUCAGUGAGCAGAGGAGCUUUGACAGCUGCCACCCGGCCCUGGAGAUGAGGUCACAGCUGCUGUCCAAUCCCAGCUCACCAGAGGCGGGACAGCGGGACAGGAGUCACAUGAAGAAGGAGAGCAGUAAGAUUUCCAGAUCCACAUCCAGCAGCUGCAGCUUCAGCAUCUCGGCUGAUGACACACACCUGCUCGUCCAGCCAGCGAUGGCAGAAAGUCAGAGUUCAAGUCCGCUGGUCGUCUGUCGCAGCCCCACAGAGAUAAAGAAUAAAAACUCUCCCAGAUCCAACCUCAAGUUUCGUUUUGACAAGCUGGGUCACUCUGCCACACAGGGACACUAACCUGAGAGGACAGCAGCAGGAGAGUCCACCUCAGCUCAGCUCUUUUCUGUUUGUAUUCCUCCACCUUCUGCUACUUUCACCAAGUCAAACUUUAUUGACGACACCAAGCAGAGACGAGGUUGUGAUGUUUACCACACUGCAUUUACCUGGACGACGUAAAGUUUCCUUCCUUUAAAUGCUCACGUCAUGUCUCUCUGCCCUGUGGACAAGCUGUGACCACACCCGCUGGUGAUGUCAUGCUCUUUCACCGUAUUUGAUUGGCUGACUCGCAGAACAUGUGAUGUCAGACUGCUGCUGUCACUUGGAGACGGAUGCCCCAAGAGGACAGGGGGAAACAGGUUUCUGAGUGUUUGUUGUUGUAGUUCUGCUCACAGCCACACGAGGCAGCAGAACAG